AUGAAGACUGCUGCUAUUCUGUCUCUGUUGCCUCUGGCACUGGCUUUUCGGGCCCAGAAGCGCACAGGCGAACCCGCUCCUAUUCUGAAGCCCCGGGACGUCGAGGCCCUUCUCGAAAACAAGUACAUUGUCAAGAUGAAGGACGAUGCCUCUCAGGAAUCCAUCGACUAUGCCAACGAGCUUUUCGAGGGUGAAGCGUACCAGAAGUGGGACGCUGAUAAGCAGUUCAAGGGAUUCGCGGCCCAAAUCACUGGCGAGUCUCUUGACGCCAUUGCGGAGUUGGAAGAUGUUGAGUACAUUGAGCAGGAUGCCAUCAUCAAGAUCGACUACAUUCCUGAGGAGGUGACCACCACCGAGACAGCCAAGCGCGCCUUGACCAGCACGACUGCUGCCUCUUGGGGGCUGGGGCGUAUCUCGCAUAAGGCUCGGACGCUGACCCCCUACGUCUAUGACACCUCCGCCGGCAGCGGAGUGUGCGCCUAUGUCAUCGACACCGGCAUCCUCACCUCUCACUCUCAAUUCGGCGGCCGGGCCACAUUCCUCGCCAACUACGCCGACAGCAGCAACACUGACGGGAACGGGCACGGGACCCACGUCGCCGGCACCAUCGGCGGGAGCACCUACGGAGUCGCCAAGGCCGUCACGCUGUACGCGGUCAAGGUGCUCGACUCCAGCGGGUCCGGCACCAACUCGGGCGUCAUCUCCGGCAUCAAUUACGUGGCGACCGACGCCCCUAAGCGCUCCUGCUCCUCCGUGGCCAACAUGUCGCUCGGCGGCUCAAAGUCCACCGCCGUGAACUCGGCCGCCGCUGCCCUCGUCCAGGCCGGCGUCUUCCUCGCCGUCGCCGCCGGCAACAGCGGUGCCAACGCGGCCAACUACUCGCCUGCUUCCGAGACGACCGCCUGCACCGUCGGCGCGACCACCAACACUGACACCCUGGCGUCCUACUCCAACUACGGCUCUGUUGUCGACAUCCUCGCCCCCGGAAGCAGCAUCGUCAGCUCCUACAUCGGAAGCACCAGCGCUACUGCUACCCUCUCCGGAACCUCCAUGGCUUCCCCCCACAUCGCCGGCCUGGGUGCUUACUUCCUGGCCCUGCAGGGCUCCAUGACCCCGGCGGCCCUGUGCACCUACAUCCGCAACAACGCCAACUCUGGCGUCAUCACCGGUGUCCCCUCGGGUACGCCCAACCUGCUCGCGUACAACGGUGCAGCUUAA